UCACUUUUUGGACAUUGAUUAGCCAGCCUGACGCUCCGUUCACCUCACCGAGCGACUUUUGUCACCUGACCCACUUUGUGGGCGGCCACGGCGGCUUUAGCGCCACCUGGUGGUGUCAAGCGGUCUCGUCGUCGCCGUCGACCUCAUCUGUCAGCGUGACCGCCUCCGUCCGCCGUGAUGUCAUUAGGAGGGAAAUCUAAUCGGGGGUCGGCUAAUUAUGUCUGCCUGCUGCUGCUGCGUGUCCUCCGGUGUCUGACAAAAGGAGUACGAGCCUCACGUGUUCCAUCUGGUCAUGUGACCAUACCACAGAACACGGAUAUGCUUUAGAGUAGUCUGUGUGAAGCAGUGUGAUACUACUAGCGACACACAACCGUUAUUGUGUAAAUAUACCACGAGUAUCAAUAUCAUUGUGUCUUGCCUACAGUCAAGCAUGGUGCAUGAGUGCUGCCUGUACUGGUGAGCAGCGGUUCACUGAGGGGAGAGUUGAAUUCCCGUGACGGUGUGAAGCAGAGCACGAUCUUGGCGUCAUGGUGUCAUGUUGGAAUUCAUCUUAUCUCUUAAUAAAGCAGCAGCACUCGUGCAGCGUGCUUGGGCAAGACUCAGUGAUAUUGCUAACAUGAUCCAAGUUUACUCUGUAUAGUAUUAUGGAAUCGAACUCGGGUCUGCUAGCUGCGUGGCUUGCACGUUAACCACUCCUCAGCCAUGCAGCCGUAGUAGCAUGUUGUCCUCAGCCAAACAUAAACACAGAGGGAUUAACAUGGCCGCCGCCGCCGCCUACGUGCGGGCAGGUGUGUGAGUGUGUGAGCGGCACGGGCGGGGCCGAUGAUGACACACACACACACACACACUUCCUGUGUGUACAGACUCCUCUUGGCGUGUUUCUCUGGGGCACACCCCGUUGCCGAGCAAGCCUAAAAAAAAAAUGGAGAAGAACCUUUGCCACACAUCGAUAGCGACAUGCCCGUCAAGCGCAAACACAAACACGACUUGUGGAAUGUUGUCUCACGGGUGUGAAAUCCAAACCUCCCCCUCUUUUUUUGACGCGUGAUUGGCCGGUCCAAACGUGGAUGACAUCAUCAUUGUUACCUGCAGUUUCCAUAAAAGCUCAAAUUCAGGAAACUAAACAGCUAGCCAACAAGCGUGGUAGUAGCUCCCUCUCAGGAAACCACUGCCCCCUAGUGUUUGGGUAGAGAAUUCAUCCAUAAGUUCAUGUAGUUCACCAUUUUAACGCAGGGGUGUCAAACCCGCUCACAAAAAAACACAAUAUAUGAAUGACAGGAAUGACGCGGACUUCUCCAGCGCCGCCCCGCCACAGACCCUCAUCCCGACACUCCAGGCUGAUCCAAUUUAGAGAUCUCUCCAUCUGGAAUUAGCUUGUUUUGACCAGGCUGCAAGGCACCAUGGGAGGUCUUGGGCUUAGGCUUAGAGCUAUAAAGGCGCUCAGACGCGCUCCUCCUCCACCAGCAGCAUCGACAUCGGCAGCGUUGCGGACCCUCGCAGGUUUACGAUACAGUUUUUUGGUACCCGGCGGCUACUGCAGUCAUGGUUCUGGAGGAUUCUGACGUGGAGAUGAUCGUGACGGAGAUUGAAGUUGCUGAGCACGAUGUGGAGACGCCUUUUGGAAGACUCCACUGCACCAUGAAGGGGGUCCCCAAGGGGGAGCGCCCCGUCAUUCUCACCUUCCACGACAUCGGACUGAACCACAAAACGUGCUGGGACUCGCUCUUCAGCCAUGAGGACAUGGCCGAGAUCCUGCAUCACUUUGCCGUGUGUCACGUGGACGCCCUCGGGCAGCAUGAGGGAGCCAACACCUUUUCCACUGGAUACGAGUACCCGUCCAUGGACGAGCUCUCCGAGACGCUGGCGCUGGUCCUCAAGCAUUUUGGGCUGAAGAGCGUUAUUGGAUUAGGAAUGGGAGCCGGAGCCUUCAUGCUGACCAAAUUCGCUCUUGAUUUCCCGCAAAUGGUGGAAGGUCUGGUGCUCAUCAACAUCAACCCGUGUGCCGAGGGCUGGAUGGACUGGGCUGCCCACAAGCUCAGCGGUUUGACCCACGACCUUCCCGACCUGGUCAUCAGCCACCUCUUCGGAAAGGAAGAGAUCAACCACAACCAGGACAUGGUGGCCACGUUCCGCCACCACGUCUUGAAGGACAUGAACCACUUCAACCUGCAGCUCUUCAUCAAGGCCUACGAGAGUCGGAGGGACCUGGAAAUCGAGCGGCCCGUGCCAGGAAGCAACAACAGAACCCUCAAGUGCCAUUGCCUGCUGGUGGUCGGUGACACCUCUCCCGCCGUGGACGCCGUGGUGGAGUGCAACACCAAACUGGACCCCACAAAAGCCACGCUGCUCAAGAUGGCCGACUGUGGGGGCAUGCCCCAGAUUGACCAGCCAGCCAAGCUGACCGAGGCAUUCAAAUACUUCAUUCAGGGAAUGGGAUACAUGCCUUCCGCCAGCAUGACCCGCCUCGUGCGCUCCCGCACGGCCUCGGGCUCCAGCGUGACGUCAUUCGACGGCCCCCGCUCGCGCUCCCACACCACCGAGGGCAGCCGCUCGCGCUCGCACACCAACGAGGGCAGCCGCUCGCGCUCGCACACGGCCGAGCACCAGCGAGGGCGCUCCCACACGGCCGGCUCCACGGACGGCGGCGUCGACCAGGCCGUCCCCAAGGUCCCCGAGGUGUCCUGCUAAGGCGGGUGCCCCCGAAUCCCACCCCGCCCCCUUUUUUGUCGGUGUGUGCUUCUGGCACGGAUCCGAUGUUUUUUUUUAUUUUUGACUUUUUAAACUUGGAUGAGGAGGCUUAAAGUACUCGGGUACACUCGGGGCUUGUGAUGGUGUAGGUAGUGGCGACACAGCGACGCUAGGGGGCGACAGAGCGGCCCUUCCUUCCUCCCCGUCCUUUUUUACCAACCCGGUGGCUUUGUCACAUUUAUCCCACUUUCGAGUGUUCUCUCGCUGUCAACAUUUGUUUCUUUGACGUUCUGCGAUAGAUGCUGUCUAACAUAAGGGACAUUUUUAUUUGUGUGUGCCGCCGAUAAAGUUCCAUUAGAUGGUUCCAUGGAAGCUAUGGUUGCCGGUGGACAUUUUUCGGUUCUUUUCCAACAUUUCAAUGACUCUUUUAACGCUUUGUGACCAAUCGUGAAAAAAACGCUCUCUAAACUUAAAAGCUUUAUUAACGCCUCCAGACAAAACCAUGUAAACUCUUUUUAUAUGAUUUCCUUUUCUAUGCAAUCAAGCACAACGGAACAAAGCGGUGCCGUGGUUGUUGACUGCGUGAGUCGACGUCAACAGUCGCCAACAGUCGCCAACUAUCGCCAUUCUAUUACCGCUAUGACUAACACGAGGACGGCCGUGGUACUUCCUAGCUGACGUCCUCUCCUCUCUCCUCUCUCCUCUCCUCCUUUCCCACUUGCACUACGGCCACGUUUGCCGACAACGCGGCUUUGUAAAGAUGCUGGCAUUCAAAUGGCAUAACGGUUUGUAUUUAUUAAGGAAAGAAAACAUUAAAAAAAAUAACUUGUAACUCA